AUGGCCGCCCCUCACCGUGAUGCCCUGGUAGGCUCUUCCACGCCGGCGGACGGCUACGAGUCGCCCACCGAGGACAACCAGCCCGCCUUCUUCUUUGGCCCGACCCCGACCGCCUCCGGGGCCACGACGCCGGCCAGGAUCUCGAUAUCCUGCCAUACCACAGUCGCGGCUGGAGUCACGUUUCUCGAGCGCGCUCAUCCGCGCCUGGGUCGCUUGCAGCAGGCCCGUGCUCGCCAGCCCCCAAGUCGCGAUCCCAGUCGCGAGCCCAGUCCCGAUGGGUAUCAGUCGUCGAAUGGGCCGUCCAAUCUUGAUGCCGUCGUUCUGGAUACCGAGAAGAGCAGCGUCCCCCGCCAAAUCGGGCUGAAAGACCGCAUUGCUUGCUAUCAAUGGACGUUUUUCACAAUGACAAUGGCAACCGGAGGAGUGGCCAGCGCCCUUCAUGGAUUGGUCUACCAAGCCGAGUGGGUGACUGGCUUUGGCAUCGCCUUCUGCCUCCUCAACAUUGUGCUCUUCCUCACCAACUGCGCCUUGCUGUCCAUGCGAUUUUACCUUCGUCCGGGAAGCCUCAGGAAAUCGUUUACGGAUCAAGUAGAGUCCUUGUUCAUACCUGCCAUUGCCGUUAUACUCAUCAACAUAUGCCAAUAUGGUGCCCCCCAUUGUGGCGUUUGGCUCCUCAAAACCUUGCAAAUCCUGUUCUGGAUAUACACGGGACUGAGCGCCUUUGCCAGUGCAGGCCUGUAUCUCGUCUUGUGGUCCACUUUGGUCUUUCCGAUUCACAUGAUGACACCCACCUGGGUGUUUCCUGCGUAUCCGCUCAUGCUCACAGCUCCGUUUGCCGGCAACCUCAUUGCGGCGGCCUCUGCCACUGGCCGCAUUGACGUACUGUAUGCUCCAGCAGUUGCUCUAUCGGCUGUCGCCACUCAAGGCACGGGAUGUUUGAUUUCUCUCAUGAUAUCAUCCGCCUUCAUCUACCGACUUAUGACACAGAAACUACCCCGUGACUUUCAGCGGCCUGGUGUUUUCAUCUCAAUCGGGCCCUACGCUUUCACCGCUUCAUCAAUCGCACAGCUCGGAGGCCAAGCCAAUGUGAUUCUCCCCCCGGAUUUCCUCGGUACAGUACACGGCGCCGACAUCAUCAAGAUCAUCGCCAUCCUCGUAGCCCUUUGGCUCUGGGGCCUUUCCAUGUGGUUCUUCCUCGUCUCCGUUGGAUCACUAUGGAAAUACGUCCGGACGGGCAAGGGCAUGCCAUUCCAAAUGACUUGGUGGUCAUUUGUGUUUCCCAAUACAGCUCUCGUCGGUGCAACCGAAAUCAUGGGGGCCAUAUUCGAGAGCAGGGGACUGCAGCUGUUCGGAUGCGCCAUGACGAUUGCUCUUGUCAUUGCGUGGGUUAGCAUCUUUGCGACGAUGAUUUAUUGCAUAAAGAAGAGGAAACUGCUUUGGCCGAAGUCCAAGGCAUAG